UUUCUUUCGUUUACGUUUCUCAUUCGUAUUAUAAGUCAGGAUGGGUUUGAAAGACAACUCCUUCAUCCGAAGAUUCGUUGAUGCUAAGUCAAAAAAAUCUGGCUCUUCAGCCCCUGGUAUUAUCAUCGCAGGCUUUGCUGCUUGUGGUGGGGUUCUUUUUGGUUUUGAUACGGGUACUAUCCUGGGUAUCAUGGCAAUGGAUUAUGUUUUGGAAAGAUUUCCUUCUAAUAAAGAGUCGUUUACUUCUUCUGAACUGUCACUCAUUGUUUCUAUUCUUUCAGUUGGUACUUUCUUUGGUGCCUUGAGUGCUCCUUUGUUUGCUGACUCUAUUGGUCGUCGUUGGACGGUUUUAAUUAGUACUUUUUUCGUUUUCAACCUUGGGAUCAUUCUUCAAACAGCUGCAACAAGUAUCCCGCUACUUUGUGUUGGGCGAUUAAUUGGUGGUUUGGGUGUUGGGAUGAUAUCUAGUGUAGUACCUUUGUACCAAGCAGAAACCCUGCCGGAAUGGAUUCGUGGUGCGGUCGUUUCUGCUUAUCAAUUGGCUAUUACUAUUGGUUUACUUUUAGCUGCCUGUGUUAACCAAGGAACUCACCAAAGAAAUGACUCGGGCUCUUACAGAAUCCCAAUAGCAAUUCAAUUUUUAUGGGGGUUAAUUUUAGGAAUUGGGUUCAUACUUUUACCAGAAACUCCAAGAUUUUGGAUUUGCAAAGGUAAAGAUGAUAAAGCAAAAGCUUCUUUAUCAAGAUUGAGAAAGUUACCUCCAGAUCACCCUGAAAUUAUUGAAGAAUAUGAGGAUAUAAAAGCAGCUUACGUAUUUGAAGCUCAAUUCGGUAAAAACCUGUUUGCUCAAGUCUUUUCAAGAAAAGGUAAACAAUUAAAGAGAUUAUUCACUGCAGUUACUUUGCAGGCAUUUCAACAGCUAAGUGGUAUAAAUUUCAUCUUCUACUUUGGUACUCAAUUCUUCAAAGAUUCGGGUAUUGAAAACCCUUUCACUGUUCAGUUGGCUACUAAUAUAGUCAAUGUGGGUUCUACCGUUCCUGGAUUAUUUUUCAUGGAAAUCAUCGGCCGUCGUAAAUUAUUAAUCACUGGGGCCGCAUUUAUGUCUGUUUUCCAAUUAAUCAUUGCUUCCGUUGGUGUUGCAAGUGAUACUGAUGCUUCGAAGAAAAUUCUUGUUGCGUUUACUUGUCUUUCUAUUGCAUCUUUUGCGAUGUCUUGGGGUGAAGCCUGGGUAGUUUCGAGUGAAAUUUUUACAACAAGGACAAGAGCUAAAUCUGUUUCUCUCGCAACCGCUAGUAACUGGUUAUGGAAUUGGGCAAUAGCUUAUGCAACUCCCUAUCUUGUCGAUAAAGAGCACGCAAACCUAGGCUCCAAAAUUUUCUUUGUAUGGGGUGGGUUCAAUUUAGUCAACGUUUUGUUUUCCUUCUUAUUCAUAUACGAAACCAAGGGCCUCACUUUGGAACAGGUAGACGAAUUGUAUGAGAAUGUUUCUCAUGCUUGGUUAUCAUCGAAAUUUGUUCCCUCCCAACAUGCCUUCAGACCUUCUUCUCCCUCUGCUUCAAUCCAUUCGGACUCAAAAGCAGAUGCUAUCUCCGUCGAAGAACGUUCUGUUUGAUAGUCCUUCCUUCUUCAAUUUCCUAGCUUACGUUGUUAUGUAUUCAAUAAAAUUCUUUACUUCACUAAAAUCUUUCUCAAUAGCUUCUUCCUUUCCUUGAAAUUCUUGCCUAAAACCAGGCUUUAUGCGAUUUGAAAUUUGCACCCAGUUGCAAAAAGAAAUUAGUGCGUAUGAGCAAAUAUUGACUACACAAUGCUUCCCAUUUGGACUUCAGAG